UCUCGUGCCGACGCCGAAGCGCGAAAAACAAAACAUCGGAAAGUUACGUGAACGUAAUACCUCACUCGCUUAAUACAGCUGUGUGGAAACGGUUUUUACGACCGUUUAUCGUGCCAUUUAUCGUAAAGUUUGCCCCAUUUUCGGAAGCGAUUGCAUCGAAUCUGACAAUAAUUCGUGCAAACUAAAAUUUUUUGAAAAUCGAACGCGGCGAUGACAUAACUUUUUUUUUAUUUGUGGCGGGCUAGUGUUGGCAAAGGUCAGUGCGAAUGGUGUGCGAUGGUGGCGCGAUGCUGUGCUUGGAGUCCCUGAUGACGAGGUGGAGGGAAAGGGGGGAGAGGGGGGAGAGGCGGGCUCGCUCCAGGAGCCUGUGCUCCUCCGCUGCUGAUGGCAGCCUCCUGCAGCUUCUCCACAGGCGAGCUAGCAGCGCCAUUUCCUCUGCGAGUGAGCUGAUCUCCAGGCGAGGCGUCUUCUCCAGAAGACAGUAUGGCUCCGUCGAACAGCUCUCUGGGCCGGGUGAGGGCGCGGCGGUGGACGCCGUGUUGCGCCGCUACAGACUCGAGAACGGCAACUCACUGGGGGAGAAGGAUGAGCUGUUCGGGCCGCCGAACGCGCCGGUGCUGGAGAACCCCGAGUUCCAGACACGAUGGUACUUUAAGUACUUCCUCGGGAAAAUGCACCAAAACUACAUCGGCGUGGACGGCGCGCGGGAACCGUACCUGCUGAGUGUGGUGCAGGAGAGCGCGGGCCUGCUGCGCGCGAUACUGUUUAAUAAGAUGGGUGCUCACAAAAUAUACCUGCCAGCGAGCGCGUGGACGAGCGGCGGGACGCAGGCACCCACCAGGCCCACGGUCAAGCAGAUACUAGCACAGUUCACUUCCAUUGAGAGGAUAGAUAAAAUGCCUAGAGAGAUUACGUGUCCAGAAUUACAAAAGGAUAUCCUGUUAUUAGAGGAACAAGAGGGAUCCGUUAAUUUUAAAAUAGGAGUUAUGAUAAUGUUACCCGGACAGAAAACUGACGACGAAAUGCUAUCAAAUGAAAAAGGCAACGAGAAAUGGGACCGAUUUAUUUCGCUUUUGGGUGACAAGAUUCGAUUAAGAAGCUGGAACCGUUUCCGGGGCGGACUCGACGUCAAAGGUGACAUGACGGGCAGCCACUCCAUCUACACGAUGCACCAGGGACACGAGAUCAUGUUCCACGUCUCCACCAUGCUGCCCUUCUCCAAGGAUAAUAAACAACAGUUGGAGCGCAAGCGGCACAUCGGUAACGACAUCGUGAACAUCGUAUUCACGGACGACUCCGUACACAACACCUUCAACCCACAGUGCGUCAAGAGUCACUUUACACAUAUAUUCGCAGUGGUGUCAGAAGUGGAGGGUGAGGGGUACAGACUGAGCGUGUACACGGACGACACGGUGCCGCCGUUCGGUCCCUCGCUGCCGUGCCCGCCGAUAUUCAACGACCCCAUACUGUUCAGGGAGUUCUUGCUGGUGAAGCUAAUGAACGGCGAGAAAGCGGCGUUCCAGACGCCGACAUUCGCGCUGAAACGGCAGCGGACGUUGGACACGCUCAUACGAGAUAUCUACGCCGAACACUGCUCCGACCAUAGAGUGCCAAUGCUAUCCCGUCGGGCGUUGUCGGACGUGUGGUCGGGUGGCGCGGGCGCGGCAGGGGCGGGCGCGGCGCGGACGGAGCGCUUCCUGCACGUCGGACAGGCGCUCAAGCUGGACGCCGUGCUGAGGGGAGACGCGCCGACCAGCUUGGUGUCUACUGGGUCAGGCGGAUCUCGUCGCGCGCCAUGGGAGGGUCGGCUGUGGCGGGCUGCGCCGCUACCUGCGACGCCGGUCUGCGCUGAACAGCUGGCCGAAGGAAGACUACUGCUAUCUACCACCUCCAACACGUAUAUUCUAGAAGAAAGCGGCACCACCAAGGUAGUCCUCCGAUGGGAGGGGUGCGUGCGCGGCGCGAGGGUAACUGAGCGAGCGGGCGUCUUCCGUGUCGGCGCACGCGCAGCCGGCGGCGCGGGCGGCGCGGGUCUAUACGCGCUCCCAUUGGCUGAGCUGUGCGCUGGCGCAUGGGCGAUGAGGCCGCUGCAGGACUGCAAACAUGCAAGACUACCAAGGACGAAGACGGCGCAUUACUUCGAUAUAUUGGAACAAGGCGAGGGUGGAACGACUUUAUUGGCGGUUGCUAUUGGACGAAGAGUGCUUCUCUUAUCAGAGGAGGCAAAACCAGACAGUGAAAUGGGAUUCGAAUACACACACGUAAAGGACAUCCAACUCAGCGAAAGUCCGCUCCUCAUUAAGCUGAUGGAGAGCGACGUCGGCAUCAUGGUCGUUGGCUACAAGAACCACUGGGAGGUGCUGGAGACGAACACCGGUCAGAGUGUGAAGCGCGCGGAGGGGUCGGAGGACGCGGGUCCGCGGCGCGGCACGCUCGUCAACGCGCUCCGCAUCGGCGACGAGAGGGACGGACAGAUCAUACUGUGCUACAACCAUACCUGCCAUUUUGAACGUCUGACGAGCAAAGGACUGGAGAGUGACAGCGAAUACGACUUCCAUUGGACGACUGUGCCCUCUGGCGUUGUAUGCGCGUUCCCGUACAUCAUGGCGUUUGCUGAGGACCUGCUGGAGAUCAGGCUGGUGGCCAACGGCUCCCUGGUGCACGCCGCCUGCAUACCCGGCCUCAAGAUACUGUGCGGACGACGAGACAUAUUCUAUGUGGCGUGCGCGCCGGAGUACGCGCCGCUGCCGCGUGAGCUCGGCCCGUGCGCGCACGACACCUACGAGCUAGUCCGCCAGAUGAGCCGCCCCUACCCCGCCGACGAUGACGAUGACAAAGACACGAGUCCGAAUGCCCGCACCUCAGAAACGGCAUCAUCAAGCCGCAGCAGCUCCAUAUCGUCGGAGCAGGACAGCGUGCGACCGCCGCUGCAGCGCAUGCCGCCAGUCUCCCCGCCCUCCUCGCCGCAAGUGCUGCCAGAGAACAGUGGACGGUGCGUGCGCAUCUACAAGAUCCCGCAGAGCAACCUCAGCGCCGGCGCCUACCAGCGGCAGUCCGUAUCCGCUGACCAGGUCGUCACCUCAUACUUCUCAGAUAGACCUAACAGCAUCAAGCAGAGAAUGGCUGAGUUGAGGCUGGACAGCAAGUCGAGAGGCGGGGGUGACAACGAAAUUGUGGACGGUUCCAGCUUCGAAGAGGCCGCCUCGUGAAUACAGUGAAAUGGACCUAAAUUAUUUAGUUAUAAAAGUUACAUUUUAUAACCUUGAAAAAAAAACUUAUAUUUUAAAGUUAAGGGCUCAGUUAAGGAGCUCUAUCGAGGAAAAAUCAGAGGACAUGCAGUGCUUAUUUUUUAUUAAAGUGACAACAAACCGAUCUCUAAAGUCUAAGAGAAGUUGGGAUACAAGUUUAUGGUAAAAUAAUAAUUAUAAUAUGUAUGAAAGCGUGAGUGAGAGCGUAUGCGCGCGACGUGCCUGUCUAUUGUGUGUAUAACGUA